AUGGCGAUAGCCUGGCUAUUGCCCAGAUUCAUUCAAUGUCAGACACAGGACCAAGUUGAGGCACUUUACAACAAUUUGCUGAACGGUCAAAACAAGAACAUGCGUCCAGCUGUAAACCACGCCUAUCCAACAGACGUAAACGUCUCGUUUGAACUUUUCCAAAUAUUAGACGUGGACGAGGUAAUGGUUCUUUAUCUUAAACGACGGCCAACUUUUGUAAUUGUUAACGUUGUUUUGCCAAUUUUCUUCAUGAGCGUUCUGAACGUGUUGGUAUUUUUUCUACCCGCAUCUUCAGGCGAACGAGUCUCAUUUGCUAUUACAGUUCUACUUGCAAUUGCAUUUUUCAUGACAAUUGUUAACGACACUCUUCCGAAAUCUUCCAAUCCAAUACCAACCAUAUGCUACCUCCUUCUUGGCAGUCUUGUAUUGAGCACUUUUAUCGUGAUGAUGACGAUCUUCAAUCUCAGAAUCUAUCAUCGACCGGCUGAGCAACCUUUAUCCAAAAUGUAUCUAGCCAUAGCUUUCUCUGCUAGGAGAUGCAGACGUAGAUCAUUUCGAUGCCAAAGCAAACGCAUAAAAGCCGAUGCCGUUACAGAAAUCGAUUUGUCAAAAGAAAAUGCAAUAACGAAUAGAAGAGCGUCUGAUGAAGAUGCCAUAAAAUGGUCGAGCGCUCAUAAUAACAAGCGACGAGCUGAUGAUGCGACGGCGAGUGCUUACGAGGAUUACGCUGAUUUAGAGGACGUUAACUGGAAGACAGUCAGUGAGGCUCUGGACUCAAUUGGCAUUGUGAUUUCUACUGUGUGGGUUGUUUCCCUUACAAUAGCCAUUAUUGUCAUGGUCACGGCAUAUUCUUAA